AUGGAAGUUCAACCAUUAAACUCCUGAGGAGACUCGUUCUGGAAGCGCCACUUGAAAUGCCUCUGGUGAUUAAAAUAUAUUGUAUUUUAUAGUUUUGAUCUUAUAGAGGAUAAGCUUAAAAUUCCAGAAUUGUCAAUUAUUUUAGGUGUAACUUACAUAUUAGAUGCCAUUAUAUUAAUUUAGGUUUUCAAGGCGAUUAAUGCCACAUUCGCACUAAAGGGACAGAGCCAAAAUGGCGACGUAACGAGUAUUUCCGAUCCAAAAGGUCGAUCAUCCCAAAUAAGCCGCUCGUCAUCCUGACCAGCAACUCUCACUCAGCGCAAUGCCAUCGUCCUUCCCUUACUCAGCUCCUGCGCGUGUUCCACCUAAGGGUCACCUUCCUCGGGUGUGCUGAGAGGAAAACUCUGAGCCUCUUGGUUGCACUGUGGAGCAAUUGCUCUGUUAUCCCCAAAGUUAAACCGCUGCUGCUGUACACAAGUUUUCGAGAGAAAGCCAAACCCCAUAUAAAAUUUUAUGAGGGGAGAGAAAAUAAGCAGAGCUAAUUUCUAUUGAACCGAAUGCUAUUUUAUUUAUCUACACACAAUUUAAAAUGGCAGCUAGGUGUAGGACCACGGUCCUACAGCCGAACUCAGUGAGAGAAGUUUAAACCUUCUUGAGGGUUUUAGCGUCAAGAGAAGUGAUCCAAGCUAAGCUGAGGCUUGUGCAGAAGAGAGGUCUUAAGGGACUUGGGGACAUGGACAGUUUGACAGUUAGUUCAAUCUUUGCCUACCGUUAUUCAGAGCUGUCAAUCCAAGCUAUAACACAAGAAUUUGGACUUGAACAAGAGUAAUCUUAUUAACCCUAAAAUUAGCAUUAACAUUAUUUAUCUACAUAUGAGAUGUCAAUACCCAAAUUUUAGGAUUAUACAGUUUUGGCGACUAUUGUUAUGGCUACAAUGAUGUAAUUGCUAUUUAG